AUGUCCGCGGCCGCUCAGCAAUUGACUAUGGAAUACACUGCAGCUCAGCAAGGGCUUGAAGACCUGGUGGUUGCCAGACAGAAACUGGAAACGCAAUUGCAAGAAAAUAAGAUUGUCCAGGACGAAUUCAACACGCUGAAGGACGAAACGAAGGUUUACAAGCUAACAGGUAAUGUGCUGCUACCGGUGGAGCAGUUCGAAGCUAAAAACAACGUCGAGAAAAGACUGGAGUUCAUUACUACUGAGAUCAAAAAAUGUGAGGAAAAUAUCAAAAGCAAGCAAGCUGCUUUGGAGACUUUGCGCGCAGAACUAAUAAAGGCCCAGUGCACACAGCAGGGUGCACAGGCCUAG